UACAUAUUAUUUCAACUAUUAAACACUUAAUUACAGAAAUUUAGUUUUAUUUUAAAUUGGUAAAUGAUUUUAAGAUAAAAUAAUCUUGCUGCCAUUCUGGAAUAGACAUUUCCGUACAAAAUGUCCAGGACAAAGUUGUGUCGCCUUCGAGUCGUCAUCGCCCAGCUGCGAGCGUUAAUUUAAGAUUUAAACAACUGGAUCUAAAUUUAUAUCAAGUUAUGUUAUAAGUUAAAGUCAAGUAAUUUUGUGAGGCAGUUGGUGAUAAGCUAUUUAACUCUAUAAUGGAUUAUGAAAUGGAAAGCGUAGACGGAACCGGCAAAGAUGUUACAGAUAAAUCUAUUGAUAUGGAGUGGCAGAUUGAUUCAGAAUGGAUCAACCUUUCAUCCACACCAACUGUACCACCGGCAAACAACAGGAAAGGUAAGCAGCAGGUCAAGCAAGACUCAGCGAGCUUUGAAACAUCACCUCCAAGUUUUCAGUUCAUCUCUGCUGGAAAGGGUGUGAGAUACAUGUUGAUCGACAAUCAAACUCUGAGGCUUAGCCAGAAAAAAGCUUCCGGAUACUCAUAUUGGGUGUGUAGCAUUCCGUGCUGUAGUGCUCGUUGUGUGCUGGACCCAGAGGAGAAAAAACUAGUCCGCUUUUGUAGAAGCCAUAAUCAUGAUGCCGAUGUCAGCCGUCAGGAGUACAAGAAAUUUAUCAACGCCCUUAAAAUAGCUGUGAAAGAAAAUCCCCACGUCAAGCCAAAAGCCUUAUAUGAUGCUGAAGUAGAAAAAGCAAAAGAAAGAUGGAGAGAAUCCAAAGUGAAAAACAAUAGCAACGAAGAAGAGCCGAGUCUCCCAAGCUUCGACAAAGUUAGAACAGCCAUGCACAAUUCUAGAAAUGCUGUUCUGUCCUCUGUAUCACUCAAGGCAACUGAAGAAGAUAGUUCAGCUGUUAUCCCUGAGACAGUACAACAGGCAGGUCCCAGUAGAUCCACAAGAUCAAGAGAUGCAAAGGCAAAUCCCAAAAGAAAAAAUACUCCAUCCAAGUCUGUAGUUCCUAAUGGUUCAGAUCUAGAUGAAUUGGGUGAGGAUGAUGAAGAGGACGAGACAGACAAUAAUUGGAGAUCUGCACUGAUCAGCAAACAACCCAGUGAGGAUGUCAAUUUUCAUUUUAUUCCUUCUAAUAGAGGAUCUAAUUUAAUGGUAAUUGAUGGCUGCGCCCUGCACCAAAACACAAUCCAUGCUUCAGGGAAAUCUUACUGGAGGUGUCAGAAGAAAGGCUGUUCUUAUAGAGCUGUGUAUGAUCCAAAAGUUGAGAAAGUAACUAAAACAACUGGUUUUCACAACCAUCCACCUGAUUCCAAUCAAAUGAUGAAAAGGCAGUUCAUCUCCAACAUCAAGAGUCAGAUGACUGAGCAUCCUUAUAUUCCAGCCAAAGAGAUCUAUGAUCAGGAGGUUCAGAAGGUACAACAAGAGUUUACUGGAAUAGGAGUGUCCUGGAAAAUACCCCCAUUUUCCAAAGUUAAGCACCAUGUUUACAAGGUUCGAAAAACUGCAGAAGAUGAGGAUGAAAUGUCUGAACCCAUAAAGCGACAGAUUACAGAGACAGAGAAAAAAUUCCUUGAAGAACCAACAAUAUCUUGUCAGGAAGAGGAGAUAGGGCCUACACUUUCCCUGCUCUCUCCCAAGUCUACAGCCAUCCAAUCAAAAAAUUUUCCAGACUGCAGUUUUUAUUUUAUUCCUUCCAAAAUGGGUAAAAGAAUUCUGGUAGUGAAUGACUUCACAUUCCGUCUCAACAAUUUAAAAGCAGGUGGACGCUAUUAUUGGAAGUGUACUGUUGAACCAUGCAUGUUCCGUUGUGUCUAUAAUGAAAAUAUAAAAGAUCUUAUUAAGGUUUCAGGCAAGCACACCCACGUCACAAAUAUUAAUAAACUGCGAUCACGAGAAUUUUGCUUCCUUUUGAAAGCUCGGGUGGCAGAGAACCCUUCGCUCACACCUAAAAAAGCAUACGAUCAAGAACUUGCUAGGAUUUGCACUUCAGCUAAUGCCGAGCAACUGAUGAAAUUCAUCCCGCCCUAUUCAAGUGUUCGAACUUCACUUUAUAACCAAAAACACAAGAGAGCUAUGGUGGAAGAGCAAGGUUUAAACCCUGAAGUAACUUCUGGCAACCGUGGCAACAAUAAUUACAGACUGGGCAGCACAUACUUUGCCAAUUCUACAUGCUUGACUUUGUUACACAACAACUUUGAGCAGCCUCAGGAUAUUUCACCUAAAGAUAUUACACAAUUAAGUUUAGAGGACAAUGACCCAAUGGACCAUGACGACGAUGAUAAAGUUUAUUCAUCAAGUUCAUCCAGUAAUGCCAUGGAAAUUGCUGCUCCCAGCUUGUAUGACAACCAUGAUAUUAUUGAUAACUACAAUGGGACAUCUGUAAAAGGACAGGCUUGUGUGAAGUCUGAGAUUCCUGAAGAAAAUAUCGAGAUCCAAGUGAUCACCAUGCCAGACCCCAGUACAUACUCCCUGACAUUUGUUACGACCACAAGAGGGGGGCGCGCGCUUGUCGUCAACGGCUGUGUUUUGCGCAUCAGCUACACCCGUGACUUUGUCACCUAUUGGAGGUGUUUGAACAAUGACUGUAACUUCAGAUGCAGUUACGACAGUAAAAGUAAAAGAUUGCUUAGAAUAAGUGGAGAACAUAAUCAUUCAGUCAACAGAUACAGCCCUAUCAUUCGAACUUUUGUUCGAAAAGUUAAGAAAAGAGUUCACCAAGAAAGUGAUCUUUCACCGAAGAUAAUAUAUGAUGAGGAAGUUGAGCAUCUUAAAAGUGAUGAAAAAGAUGAGGACCUGAUGAAGAAACUUCCGAGCUAUGAUAGUUUAAAGUCAACACUGUACAAGUUUAGGAACAGGUCCACUCGGGCAGGUACAUCCAAAGAUGACAGCCCAGACUACUUGUCUGAUGAAUCAGAUGAAGAAAAGGAUGACGAAGGUUUGCUAGAUAAUGCAUUUAUAGAAGAUCCACCAGAUGAUCCAGUUAUUGAAGAAGGAUUCGCCAUGUUGAAUAUGCAUUUGCCUUCUUGGCUAGACCAGAGCCCAGACACACGUCUCUUAGAUGGUCACAUUUUGACUCGGAGAAGUACCUCUGAGACCAGUUCAGGGUGGGCCUGUUCUAAAGAUGGCUGCCCUUUUCGCUGUGUUAUAGACAAUGAGACCAACGCCAUUACAAGGGGCCAGUGGGACCACACCCACAAGUCAGCAAUCAAACACACAAUCUCUCAAGCUCUGAUACACUGUGUUAAACGAAGAGCUCUGAUGGACAUGAACUUGCUUCCUAAAACUAUUUACGAACAAGAAAGAAAAAGAAUCGUUAAUAAAUUAUGUAAUAACAAAUCGCUGGUAAAGUUCAUCCCCAACCUCUCGCAGGUGUAUCAGCUGAUCACUAAGACCAGAACCAACCCCCCGCCACCACCCAAACAAAAGCUGCACACACCCAAAAUCUUGCGGCGAACUAAAACCAAAAAGACACAAAAAUCCUCAGACAGCAACAGCAGCCUGGGCAACAGCAGUGGGGGUCAGUUUGACGCAGAUUUCCUGCAUGACCACUCCUACGAUGUAUCUGACAGAGUUGCUUUGUACGUUAAUGACCACCAGCAGCAGCAACAGAUCAGCUUGAUGUACGAACCAGGGUCUGAUAUUUUACCCGACCCUUUAUCAGUCAACAACUCCGGCUUACUCUACCAGCCACCGUCUGUCUCCAUUAUUGGAAGCACGUUUACAAACAACCCCUCAGCCGCGGGUAGCUCGCAUCAGUCUGUUUUCAACUCUGGCAACCAGCAUGAAGCCUACAAUAACACCUUCACAGUUUCCUGUAAACCAGCUUCGUAUUUAACCAGCCAGGCGUGUCUACAAACUACCCAGCCUCUACAGCCCAUGCAGCAAAAAGCGGCGCCGCUGUCCGCUUCCUUACCCCUCCCCCAGAGCUUGUCCCUGUCCCCCAACAGUGAAAAUGUUUUCACCCUCCAUGGUUACCCGUUGCUUCCAGCCACCACCCAACAGGGCAAUGUUUACUGGCAGUGUCGGGUGCCAGGCUGCAGGUUUCAGUGUGUUCUCAAUGCUGGGACGUCGCAGAUUGUUCAGAUAUCUGGCAACCACAACCACGAGCCGCCUGGUUCACAGUCAGCAUUUUGUUCUCAGGUUGUAAAAAUGCUCCAAAGAAAAGCUGCAGAAAAUCUUGGUGAGCCACUGAACAAUGUGUAUUGGGAGUACAUGAAAAAUCUCAGAGAAGUACUUGACUCUGAGGAGAUUUUAAGUGGGCUUCCUCGCUUCCAGGAUGUGGCAUUAGCCAUGCAGAAUUCUAGAUCAGCCAUGGGAGCAGAUGACAGCUCUAUUCAGUUGAGGAAUUUAGUGACUGGUGUCGCAAACCAGACCAACAAAGUUUAUGAAUACCAUUUUGACACUCAGAAUGGCUCUUUAGUUAUUGAUGGGGAUCAGUUGGAGUUGAGCUGGAGAACAAACGAGUUGUCUCACUGGAGAUGUAGGAGGCCGGACUGCAGGUUCAAAUGCAUGUUGGAUGAUGAACUCCAGUGUGUGCACAUCAUGAACCCCCACACCCACUCCUGCCCGUCCAGUACACAAGGUGAUGACAGAAAUGGCUCAGUCAAACGUAAAUUUCCAGAUAAACAGUCAUCCAGAAAACAGAAAUUCCAGCGCAGAGAUGAAGUAACAAUAAUACCUAGUCAUUGAAAUUAUGCUGUUAAAUUGUUUUAUUAAAACCAUGUUAUUUUAGUUACAUUUUUACUAACAUGUUAGUAAUUUUUUGUUAGCUACUUUAAAAACGAAAUUUUAAAGUUUAAGAGUCAAACUUUGUAGUUCAAACCAUUGGUGACAGAAAUGAAUAAAACCAUUUGAAAAUGUUACCUGCAUUUAAUAAAAAUUUCUCAGCCUAUCUUUAAUUUUAAAACCAUGCUAACAGUUGUUUUUUUAGACAUGAUUAUUUAUGAAAAUAAUUAAUGCCAUUACCUUUCUUUGUGUAUAUGCUUUAUAAUAAACUAAACAUGAGCCCAUAUUUUGUAAAAGGUCUCAGUACCACCUACUAACUUCCAACAUGUAUAAUUAAAGUAUGUGCACAGCUUAUUCAUUCAAUAGUUUAAUUUGAACAAACUAUUUGAGCGAUGUAAUAGUGGUUAAAUCUCUGAGGAUGUUUUAACCUAUUUUAAGAGGGUUAUGAAAAUGUUUUAUAAACCUUUAUUUUUUUGCUACAUUUAAUACACCUUAACAUUUACAACUAUUAAUGACCAACCUUCAAGAAAGAGUUGUUGCAUUGGUUGUUUUAUUAAUUUUUAAAGAAGAUUUUAUUUGUAAUCAAGUAAAUAUAGUAUCUUUGAAGUUAAUGGAAUUUUUUUAGUUAUGAAAUAUGUAUUAAUCUUAUAAUUUAAAAUUCUUUGUUUUUAUUAUUUAUAUUUUAUAACAAACAAUGUAGGAAGAGUAGCUGUAUUGCUAUUAAAAGUUUUCUUUAAAAACUAGUGAUGUUGGCAUUUAAUAUAAAAUGUUUGCAUAAGUAAAUCUGGCUGAAAUUAAGAAAUGAAUUUUUUCAAUACAUGUUUACCCUGGUUCAUUUGAUGUGAGGGAUGUGAAGUUUUUAUUUUGGCAUUACAAUUGGAACCAACUCAAUUUUUUGUGCAAAUAUGGCUGUGGCAUAAUAGUUUACAAAUUUAAAAAAACAAA